GCCUCUAACUCUCUCUCUUCCUCGGGCUGUCUGCGGAGAAGGCAGACGCACCGAACCGGUAUCAUGGCGGCCCUCCGACCUCUCAUUAGACCCAGGAUCAUCAAGAAGCGGACGAAGAAGUUCAUCCGCCACCAGUCAGACCGUUAUGUUAAGAUUAAGCGUAACUGGCGUAAACCCAGAGGUAUUGAUAACAGAGCCCGCAGGAGGUUCAAGGGACAGAUCCUGAUGCCCAACAUUGGUUAUGGUAGCAACAAGAAGACCAAACACAUGCUGCCCACAGGAUUCCGCAAGUUCCUUGUCCACAAUGUCAAGGAACUAGAGGUUCUGAUGAUGAGCAACAAGUCCUUCUGUGCAGAAAUUGCUCACAAUGUCUCCUCAAAGAACCGAAAGACCAUUGUGGAAAGAGCAGCACAGCUCGCCAUCAAAGUCACAAACCCCAACGCCAGACUUCGCAGCGAGGAGAAUGAAUAAACUUCUGGUUAUUUGUGCUAAAUAAACAUAAAAGAGAAAUUUUUGGA